GCGCGGCGCGGCCACGGGCAUAUAAGGGGGCCGGCGGGGCGGCGGCUGGAGAGCGUGGCGAGGGCAGGAGCUGAGCCGAAGCGAGCAGCAGAGCACAGCAGAGCGGAGCGGAGCGAGGUCUCGGGCCGCCUUCUUGCCGUCGCUUCUCCCAUACUCAGCCAUCGCCAUGGUGAAGAGCGUGGGCAGCCUGUCUGAAUUUGAGGAAGAACUGAAGUCUGCUGGUGAUAAGCUUGUAGUAGUUGAUUUCUCUGCCACCUGGUGUGGACCAUGCAAAAUGAUCAAGCCCUUUUUCCAUGGUUUGGUUGAGAAGUAUGGUGAUGUGGUGUUCAUUGAAGUUGAUGUGGAUGAUGCCCAGGAUGUCGCUACUCACUGUGAUGUGAAGUGUAUGCCAACGUUCCAGUUCUACAAGAGUGGAAAAAAGGUGCAGGAGUUCUCUGGGGCCAAUAAAGAGAAGCUGGAAGAGACCAUUAAAAGUCUAGUCUGAUCUCCAGCAAUGGAGAUACUGAAGUAUGAUGCUUUGGCAAAAUCAUAGCCUGUAACUUUUUCUACUUAAAUACCUACACAAGUUAGUUAGGCUAAGUGGUAGAAACUGUCCUCUUGAUCUAUGUAAAUGAGUAUAAUAAAGUAUAAAUUCUUCACUUUCA